AUGUCUGAACGACGAAAACUAGUAAUAGUUGGGGGUUCUCUAACUGGGCUGACAGUCGCAAACCUUUGCCAGAACGAAUGCGAUGUCAUCCUAUUGGAGCAAAAUAAUGCGCUCUACUCAGAAAAGCACAACGGCGGAUUUUCGCUUGGACGCUGGGGCCGAAAGAUAUUCGAAGAAUACAUCCCUGCGCCUGAUUUGCUUGAACGCUCUAUACGCGGUGAACAGCUCUUAAUAUUCUCCCCAGACAACGAUGAGAUGGUGCCUGUGCCAGAAGAGCAUCGUGUUGUGAUGACUACUUGGCUCGAUUUGUACCAGGUUCUACUGCGAGAUGUUGUUGUAGAGUCCGAGAAAAACUGGAAAACAGCGAGCGAAGCACGUCCAACGCUCCGCAUAGACGCAAAUGUGGAAGACGCACAGUAUGAAGAUGGCAGGUGGACUAUCACAUAUCGCUUGACAGCCACCAAUCGUGUCGAGACAGAGACUGCCGACAUGCUCGUCGCCGCAGACGGUGCCCAAUCUACCAUACGAAGGCUCACGUCACCAGGUGUGGUGCCCAGCUACGAGCAGGUCGUGGCAUGGCGCGGCCGAGUGCCAGCCGAUGUUUCUGUCGAUGAAGAAAAGGAGAUUGAUGAACGAAUCAAGAAAGGCCUGCUUGUCUGGUACAAGAUGCACGGGUCUCAAUAUAUCAUCCUGUAUGGUGUGCCAGGCUUUGGCAAUGCCGAUGACAACGAUGAUACGGUGAUCGAAUGGUGCUGGUAUCAUCCGUACGAGCAGGAUACCGACCGAGACCUUGAAAAUGUCAUGACUACGUUCAUAGACCGAGGGCGGCUUGUCAAAGGACGUGCAGAGAAAUGGAAGGAUUAUCUUAACGCCGCCAAGAACAGCUUUCCAAAAUCCAUCUGGGAGAUGCUCUCAAAGUGUGAGACCCCUUGGAUUACCAAAGUAAUUGCUGCCCCUCUGACCAUGAGACCGAUCUCCGUCGAUGAGCUCGAUGAAGACAACGACGACGAAGAGACCGAUGACGAAAGCUGGGAUCAGGGUGGCGACACAUCCGCUUCGUCACCACAAUUAAAAAGGCUUUGGUUUGCUGGUGAAGCCUAUGCUCCACUCCCGCCUUUCCUGGGUUCGACUUUUGAGCCUGGUGCCGAGCAUGCUGUGGCCAUUCUGAACCUCAUCCAAGGUAAGAGCGAUGAGAGAGAACUUCGGAGCUGGCAAAGUGGGGGUACAGCACAGAGGCUAUGGUCGAGUAAAAUGGCUGGCUGGGAGGGGAUGGGUCUGCCAGACACCGAGAUCUGA